AUGAAUCAGACCAUCGGAAACACAUUUCGCAGUUACGAAAUGCAAGGGAAUUCCUUAUUUACUGAUGAAUAUUAUGCUGUGUUUGGACGUUCUCAUUCCGUCGAAUUUCCCUCAGAUCAGAAAGGGUUAGAAAUUUGCGUUUUCCUUAUAAAAGACGCGAUUUCGGGAAAUAUUUUAAAAUCUAUGUGGCCAGAGGGAGUUUAUUUUAUAGAUAUCGAGUUUUCCACGCCCACUUAUAUUCAAUUGCUGAUAAAUGAUGACAACAACACAUGUAGAGCCUCAAAGGAAUGUUCAUCAUCAGAUUGUAAUUGUUCAUCAGGCUUCAGUGGAGACCAGUGUGAGAUACCACCCAAUGUUUGUGUACCAGGCCUUUGUAAAAACCAGGGACAUUGCAACGAUACUGGAAACAAUUCGUUCGAAUGUUAUUGCAGAAAGGGGUUUGAAGGUCUCUAUUGUGAGAAAGAAACCAAGGAAG